AUGGACUAUCUACGGGACAUGACCCCAUACACAAACCAGCGUACUGCAGCAGUGAUCCACGCGAAAGAACCCUGCCGACGACUUCGCGUCCCCCUUCAGCCGAGUGAAGUCGGAAACUCAAUGCAACGGCCGGCGAUGGCCUUCAUGAGGUUGUUGCCAGAAACAAAUGACGGCAACUGCUACAUUUUAAUGGCCUGUAUUUACUUUACAAAGUUGGCUGAGGACUUCCUCGUAACCGCAACCACAGUAACACGACUAUUAGCCUACGACGUUUUCACCCUAUGUGGAUUUCCGCGGCAACUAUAUUCCAUUCAUUGGCGAAGCUUUGAAGCCGAACUGCUUGUCGAGAUAGGCAGAAGGAACGAUUUAAUCGUACGAUGCCGUCAAUACAAAGAGCCUCCGUACAAGACCACCAGUUUGACUGGACGAGAGCAUCCAACCGAUGAUGAUGGCAUACCGGACAAGUGUCAAUCAAACAACAAGGGCAACGAUGUUUCCGUUCAUGGACGACAAAGUAGCACAAUUCCCGGUGGAACUAGUCUAUGGUGA